AUUAGUGAGCCAGUUCCAAGGGGCCGACAACGAAAGAGCGAAGACGACGACAAUCAACAUUCAUCAUACGCACCGUCGGACGCGGCGCAAAACGCAAAUGCAGCCCCCGAUCGAUCGAUUUUUGAUUUUGUAUCCCCAUCAUCACCACCACCACUACCACCACAACUACAACAACAACAACAACCAGUACAAGCACCAACAACAACAUCAACAACAACAAGAACCUCAUCGACGGCGUCAAUUGCGACGAUGGCUGCCAUAAAUACGGUACCAAAGAGCAUCCACCUGCCAUUGACGACUCUCAGCAGCGCGCCGCGCGUGUUGAUGUGCAGCGCAUCCGUGGGCACCGAAGGAUCCGUGACUCUGCAACUGCGGGAUGCGAACGCCUUGGAGGCAGCGGCCACAAAAGCAGCAUCCGCAUCAUCCGCAUCAGCAUCAGCAUCAGCGGCAGCCACAUCCACUACGUCACCGAAUGGCGCGGCAAGUGCGCCAGCGUCGACGCUAGAGAAUGCGCUGAACAUCGGCUAUCCGGAUCCGGAAAUGUUGGCAGAUGUCUUGGGCACCAUUCAGACAGCCUCUCUUAAGAACAACAACUCAAUCACAACAGCAACUUCAAGCAAUAGCUCAGCCAAGUCGGCGGGCAGCAAUCAUCUAGCGAACCCCAACAAGAUAACCAUAACCAGGCGCAGUGUCCAGUCGGUCAGCACCUCGACGAACACGAGUAUUGUGAGCAGCAGCAGCAGCAACAGCAACAAGACCAACACCAGCUACAUCAAGAACUGCUUGAUCCGCAGCAGCAGCUGCAGCAACACGGUCACCAAUGUCACCACAUUGGCGCAGAUUAUGAGCAACAGCAGCACGAGCAGCGCGGCCAGUUUACUCAAUCAGCACAAUAACAAUAGCAACUGCAGCAACAAGAACUUCAGUACCGCCUCCUCGGUGGGCAGCAGCAUCAGUGUCGGCAGCAACAGCAGCAGCAGCAGCAGCAGCAACUGCAGCAACGGCAGCAACAGCAACAGCAACGACAGCAACAGCAGCAGCGGAGGUGGCCAUAGUUUGAGCUUCAAGAGCAACGAGCAUGUUCCCGCUGGGGGAUUAGGUUCAUCGGGGGCAUCCACAAAUGGUAGCGGUAGCGUUGGAGGUAUCGACAUCAUAAGCGUCGAGGCGCCGCGCAAGAAUCGCCCCAAAUUAUCCUCGCCAACGCGUCACGGACCGCAGCAGUGUCAGAUUUGUUGCAAGAUCUUUGGAAAUGCCUCGGCGCUGGCCAAGCACAAACUGACGCACAGCGACGAGCGGAAAUACAUCUGUGCGCUCUGCUCGAAGGCAUUCAAGCGGCAAGAUCACUUAAACGGACACAUGAUGACCCAUCGGAACAAGAAGCCUUACGAGUGUAAGGCGGAUGGCUGCGGCAAAUCCUAUUGCGAUGCCAGAUCCCUGAGGCGCCACUCGGAGAACCACCAUGCCGGCGGAGCAGCCACGCCCACCACCAGCCAGUCACUGUCGCCCACCGCCAGUACGAGUAGCAGUAGUGGAGCAGGGGUGGCCACCAGCUCCCUGAGCCUCUCGCCGGCCACGGCCAGCGGGGAUGCCAGCUCCCCGGACGGAGCCACCUGCAUUCGCACCUACAUUUCCACGGGCAGCUCGGUGGUGGACGCGGCCACUGGGAUCGCCCUGUCGGAUGAGCAGAUCAAGGCCAUGAUGCCCAUCAAGACGGGCGUGACCCUGCUGUCGCCCACCACAUCGACCUCCUCGAAUGCCUCCUCCACGGCCUCGUCCGCCAGCUCUUCGCUUUCCUCAGCGGGUUCGGGGACGGGAUCGGGCUCCGGAUCGGUUUCGGGAUCAGUUUCCAGCCCCUCACCAUCGAGUGGCUGUAUAGCCGCCAGCUCACCCACCAUCACCCUGAGUGAUGGCAUGAAUCUCGAGGGCGAGGGCCUGACCCGCGAGCAGUUGGAUCUCAUCAGCAAGAUUAUGCAGCAGACAAGAACUAGUGCCCAGGUCACCGUCUCCUCGCCCACCAGUGUAAGCUCCUACAAGAUCAACACCAAUUCGUCACCAUCGCAGAACAGACCGCGCACCUGGAACAUGCAACUGCUAAAUAGUGCCCAAAAUGUGACCGUCACCGUGGAGGACAAUUCUGAGCUAGCCCCUCCCUCUUCGAACUCACCCGUGGAGGUCAAGGAGGAGGAGCUGAGCCCACAGAUGGUAAGCAACAUGAAUCCCCACCUGCUCAACAUCGUCAAGCUCGACAAACCGGUCGAGUGCAAUCUCUGUCACCGCAAGUUCAAAAAUAUACCCGCCCUCAAUGGGCACAUGCGUCUUCAUGGCGGCUACUACAAGAAGGAUCCGGAAACCAAGCGCAGCGAGAAGAAGGACUCCAGUGGUCCACCACUGCAGACGGCAAGCAUUGGAGUACGAGCCCUUAUAGAGGAGAAGAUCAUCAGCAAGAAGGAUAUGACUAAGGGCUCCUUUGUGGUUCCGGCGCCACCGCACAGCAGUGGCACUACCACCACCCUGCGCCGAUCAAUCAGCGACCUGGAGAGCUUCCUCAACCCGAAGACAAGCACCAGCAGUCACACCCAGACGAUGACCACCAGUACGGGCACCACCACAGCGGUUCUCCCAGCUGCCACGACCAUCAAGAGCAGCAGUGGACUCAGUAUCCAGCAGAUUGGCCUGCCCCAGAGCAUCGAGAUCUUCAGCGGGGGUCAGAAGCAGGCGAAGACCCUGAAUCUGGGCACUGGCACCAACACGAUCACCAUAACCACCAACAAUGUACCCACCACCACGACGAUGAGUGCUCUGACUGCCUUGAAGGCCGGAGGCACCAUCAGUGGCAUUUCCACGGCCACUAACACGGAUCCCAAGGAUUCCACCCUGAUCGAGCUGCUCAAGAGAGGCACUCGCAUUGCGGUCACCUCGAAGAAGGCUCAAUCCCAGGGCCAAACGAGUUCGGGUAUAAUGAUGACCUCCAGUGGAAGCAGUGGUGCCGUCACCGAGUUGACCACCAUUGGUGGAACGGGCAGUGUGCAGACGGUUGGCCGGCAGAUCAUCACCAAUAACAAUCGUACAGUGAUUAUACCCUCCGAUGUCCAGGUGGUGUCCACCAAGAGCAAGCUGAGCAGUUUGAGUAGUCUGGUCAAGGGCAAUAUAACCAGUAGUGGCACUUGCUCCUCCGGAAAUCUUUCGCUCGCCGAUGGAACGCCACUCUCGCUGACCAUUGCUCCCAAUCAAGAGGUCACGGGAGGUGGAGGAGGAGGAGCAGCAGGUGGAAGUGGCAGUGGAAGUGUGAUCACAAGCGGAGGAGGCGGAGUCUACACGGUGACCUACACCAGCGAUGGCAGCGAUCUCUUCGAUGAUGCCGAGGUGUACAGUGUUUCGGACACCGAGAUGCUCCUCCAGACGGUGGACUCCAUGGAGCUACUCAACGACGAGGAGAUCAAGAGCGAACAUUCCGAGGACUUUGCCAUGCUGAGCGAAGCCGGCGACAGUGCGCACACCCAGCUGGUGAAACUGGAGCCGGAAAGUGGGCAAGCCAACUCUGGAUCUGGAAACGGAUCCAUUUCCGGUGCGAAUACCACGCCGUUGCCCACCUUCCAGCAAUUCCAUUCCAAGGAGCUGAUCAUGCAGAACAGUUCGCAGAUCCAGGCGAUAGCCAGCAUGCGAGGAAGUGGAAAUGGAACUGGUGUUCUGGCCUCGCCACUCCACUCGCCCCUGGCCUAUCCAACACCCCCCUCGAGUCACGAGAAUAUGGCCCAGAGUUCGCCUUUUAUCGAGGAUGCAGCUGCCCAGUUUGUGGAUGCCAGCAACACCUUCUUCGGGGACAAGACGGACUUCUCGCACAUCUACUUCAAGACGGAUGAGGGCGAGGCCACCAUUGAGCAGCUGAAUGAGCACGACAACGAGAAGAUCCUCAAACUGAAAUCGGUGCUGGAGGAGAGUAGCUUCGAUCCCUCCAUCAAGGUGGAGGAUCUGCUGAAUGGCACGGACGAUGACACCGAGUGUGAUCUGAGGGAGUUUGCGGAGACGAACCUGUCGUUCCUGGACGAGGACCAGGAGUUCCUCAACGACUCGCGUAAUGCCACCUCUCCGCUCUCCGAGUCCUUCUUCACCAGCGGUAUUGGAUCCGCGGAGGAUGUGAAGCAGGUGCUAAGGGAGGUCCUGCCCGAUGAGAAUAUGCAGCUCCAGUUGAGCAGUGAGCAGCAGGGCGAGAACAUCAUCGAUCUCUAUUAUCUGCCCGGCUUGGGCCUGCAAUCCCAGAUGAUGCCCAAUUCGGAGGACCCCUUGCUCUCCUCUUCACCUAGGGAAUUUGGCCAGCAAAGGCAGCAGAUGGCUCUGCAGCAACCGCUCGAGCAGGCACUUCAGGGCAACAUCAUCUACCAGCAGCCGCAGCAGCAAGAGCAGCAGCAACAGGAGUCGCAACAACAACAGCAACAUCAGCAGCAGCAACAGCAAUCGCAGCAGGAGCAACCACAGCAACAGCAACAUCAGCAAUUGCUGCUGCCCCAGCAACCACUCAAUCAAACGGAAUCGCUGCCAGCGGUGGGUCAGCAGCAGGGUGACUUCAUGUUGCCCCUGGUGGGUGGCCAUGGAUUCACUCAAGUCACCAGCCAAACCCAGUACAUGGACACAAGCCAGGGGUCAGGGGUCAUGGGAAUGCAGCCUCUGAACAGCCUGCUCCAACCACUGCUUUAUGGUGGGGCCACCUCUUCCAAUGGCAACGCCUCAGCCGGGGGCAAUGAACCUGCUCUGCUCACCACCGAUUGCCAAAUGAAUGCUAAUCAAGGCCAAAUCGGCGGCCUGCUGUUCGCCUGUGGCAAUACGACAACAACCAUGGCGAACAAGUCCCUGUCCGGUCUCCUGCAGAACCCUCCGCCGAGUGUGACCAAUCUGCAGCCCCUCUCCAACCAAACCAAUUCCAUACUGAAGCGCCGCCUGCGCUCCAAUGCCCCCCAGGAGACGCACAAGUUCUCCAAGUUCCACACCCUGUCGCCGCAUCGAUCCAAGCUGCGUAAGCCAUCCCGCACCCACUAUACGCCGGCUCCCAUCCUGAAUCCGGAUCGCAAGGGCACCGGACUGUACAGCAAUGUGCGCAAGCAACUGGGUCAGGGUCUGUUCGACGUUGAUGAUGACUUCGGUGACUCGGUGGGCCUGGUGGACUUCUCCGAUGAGUCCAAGGUUAACUUGGGUUCGACCUAUCAGGCGCAAAUACCCAGCUGCCGGCCAUUUGAAGAGGCAUCGAGGGACUCGCCGGGUGCCGAUCUGAUGUGGAAUCCAGAGGUGCAGGAGGAUGACAAGAUCCUGAUGCGCUACAUUGAUCUCAGCAAGUCAUCGGCCGUGCUGGGCAGUCAUUCCGAGGAGGUGGCGCUCCAAACGCUGCUCAAGGCCAAGGGGAACUCGGCAGCAGCGGUGCUCAGCCUGCUCCAAACGCAAUCAGGCGCCUUCCAGAUGAAGUGGACCGCCUACGAGCUGGAGCAGUUCUUGCGAGGAUUGGAGAAGCAUGGCAAGGACUUUGGCAAGAUUGCCAGUGAGCUGCAGACAAAAUCCUCCGGCGAUUGUGUGCAAAUGUACUACUUCUGGAAGAAGCUGUGCGUGGACUACAAGGUGUCACACUUGAAGAUGGAGCCCGUGGUUGUCAUUACUCCGGCUGUGGAGAAGCCCUAUGUCUGCGAGAUCGCCGAUUGCUCAGCGAGCUUCAGUUCGAAAGCAGCGCUGCACGGCCAUGUCCGCAUACACGCUUAUGGCCGCAGUGCCAGCAGCAACACCAACAACAGCAGCAACACCAGCAGCGGCAACAUGCAACAUGCCACGGCAAAUAGUGCCAAUUCCACCAGCAGCAGCAGCACAACCAAUAGCAGCUACGCAUGCGCAACACUAACCAACAGCAGCAGCAACAGCAAUUGCAAUAACCCAACCAGCAAUGCCACGCCAGCAGCAGCAACACACGCCAGCAACAUGGGUCAAAACGGCAGCAAUUGCAAUACCAAUCCAAAUGCAACGACAGCAACAUCGUCUACGCUUUCGGCCACACCCAAAUUGGAAACGGGCAUGGGCAACACUACUCUGCCAAUUGCCAAGGAGGGCGAGUUCCCCUGCAAGGUGUGCGGCAAGGUAUUCAAUAAGGUGAAGAGUCGCAGUGCGCACAUGAAGACGCACCGCGUUCAGGAACCGGAUCAAAAACACCAGCUGAACCAUCAGGCUGGACCAUCAGGAUUGACCACCGUCGCCACAUCUACCAUCACCGCCCCUUCGUAGGGACCGAUCGAAGAGGAAUGAUCGAUGUGGAUAAGGAAUCAAUAAGGCGUAUAUAGCAAACAAACAAAAAUCGAUUGACAAUCGCAUUAAGCAAGCAGCAAGCAUUGUUUACCACUGUUAGAAUUUAUGCUUAGACGAAUUUGAGUCUAAAAAUCAAUGUCACGUGUACGUAGUAGUUAAAGGCAUUUCUUCACUAGGUCUAUCUCUAUCUCUAUACUUCUCUCUACCAAUCACUUCUCUAUCUAUCCCCUAAGUAGGAAAUCACUGCGACUCGCUCUAGUUUGUAAGUCUAGCCAAAGAUUGGUAAAAAGUUCAAAUUGAAUUGUUAUUGACUAUUGUAGGCAAGUGCAAUAUUUAUGUUAAAGUAAUAUGAAAUUCGAAUAUGUAAAUGUAUACCUACCGUUUUUUAUAGUAGGCGUUUAUUCUGCUCGACUCGACUGUAGAUGUACUCUAAAACUAUACUACAACUAUGGCUAAAGCUAAGGCGAAAUCCCGAUCUAUGAUAAAUACUAGUGCAUAAUUACUGUUAACUACAAGUUUUUCUACUCAAAUACUCGUACAUAGUUGCAACACACUACACUGAUACUUUACUAGGGCGAUAAAUGUCUAGGGCGUAAGAGAAUCUCUAUAUAUACAUAUAUAUAUACUUGAUAUAUAAUUACAUGCCUAGGUGUACGAUGUAUGCGAUAUAUGAUUGUUGUUCUAGUUCUAACGACGCAAGUCAGCAACUCCGAGUAGUUGAAGUUUUACUUAGAUUGUACUUACCUACCUACAAACCUAAACUAUUGAACUAUGGCUCAGAAACCGAAAGCCCAAGAGAAAAUCUAGUGAAAUCAAGUGAUAUUGAGUGAGAUCAAAAACGAUUUUAGCUAAACGUGAACAAAAUUCAAUGCACACCAAUGUAAAUGGAAGUUGAGAAAAGUUUUAACUUUACUUUUAACGCAAAGUUGUAGGUUGUAAGACACUGUAAAUAUGAGUGUAGCAAAGUAGCCGAUAAGGAAGGAUAUCUUUCAAAUUUCUCCAAAACGCAUAAAAGACAUUAAUCUAUUUAUAAUUCUAGAAUCCCUUGCCCCUGACCGACCCCCACCCUCCCAAGAAAACAAAAAAAACAAGAAACACAGACAACGAGGGUUCAAGCUCCGAACUUUGAACCCCAAGAAACACACACACACUCUCAGUGCAGUUUUAUAUAGGCCUAGGAUAUAUAUAGUAAUUAUAUACAAGCAUAUAUUAAAUUAAAUGGUACAACAGUAAAUCUGCCAGAAAUUUGAACAACAACAAGAAUCACACGUUUUCCAUUUGGACAGUGAGCUAAUGUACUACAACAAAUUGAUGAAUUGAUUCAACGUUUUUGAGGCCAAUGCCGGGUGGUAUGUUAUUGACAAUGGCUUAACUUAAUCUAGUUUAAUGUAAACCAAUACAUGCAGGGCUAAAAGCAAAACCGAAACCAAAUUAAAUACUCACGUUUAGUCUAAUACCUUCAGCCCCUUUCCACUCGCCACCCUCCCCCGCAGAUCCGGACAGAAAUUUGGAAGAUGGGAACUAUUAGCGAUUCUUAUGGUUGUACUCGCCAGCUGUGUGCAUGUGACCUUUUCUCAUCGUACAACACAGAACACUACGAAUCAGGUGCUGUAAAUAAAAAACAAGUUAAGAAGAGAGAGAGAUAUACAAAUCACCCCGACAUAGAAAACUUCUAACAAUCUGCUGUUCCAUUUCCCCGGACUUGGGUUCGCAAUAGCAUUAGUAAUCAUAAAAUAGUCAUAGAUUUAGUUGACGGACAACAUAAUUCUUGCAUAUUUUCGGUGUUAUAUACAAUAAGCGUAAGCAGAUAUACAUUAAAAGCAAAUACAGCUACAGCAGCCCACCAUAAAGCACCUUCGAUAACUGUUUGUUGUGGGCCUUCAGAGCCGUUUAAAGACUUUCUCGCGUACAAAUACAAAACCGAACACCUAUCAUCUUCCCAUCUGUAAUGGCCAUCCUUUGUUGUGUGCAUUUUCUCUACAAGUCUUCCGUUUCCAUUUCCGUUUCCGCCUGAUUUCGUCCAACUGUACUGUUCGAUUCUGUUCUAUGCUCAAAUGCCUUCAAGCGUAUAUAAGUCUUAAGUAUUAUUAAAUAAAGUAUCCACAAAUGAGUGUUUAUCCUUAAGUAAGUGUUCAAAUCUAGGGUAACGCUAGUUUAAGUUGACAUGUGUGUGCACUUUGUUGCUUUUCAAAAAAGUUUCCUAAAGACAAAAAACGGAUAAAUGUAAUUUUAGGCUUCUGCUCGAAUGUCUAGUCAAAUGCAGUAGUUAUUUUAUCGCCUAAUUUAUUUAUAUUUUAUUUUAAGUUUUAUUUACUGUGCCAAAAUGUUUAUCGUUUACCAAUUAAAUGAUUUCAACUGUUUCAUUUUCCAUACGGCAUUCUUGAGUUUUUAUUUUCCUAGAUAAACGAGUGACAAAAAUAGUAAAGGACAAUCUGUGACAUUGAGUACUACUUCCCUAUACGUUACCAUGCGAUAAUUUCCGAAAUCAUCUGGGAGAACCCUGCGUCAGCGGUUCCUCCUCACUCACUUUAUUCGAAAACUCUGCGUUGUGAUUGUUCAUUAAGCGAAUGUAAAGAUAAACUGUAUUUAUGCAAUACAAAUACGUAUUUUAGAAUAACCUGUACAUAGAUGGCGGCCCACGCGGCCCCAGCUUCCUCAAAAGCCAAACUAAUUCUAGCUCAAACGUCGAAUUCACUCGAAUCAUCAGUAUAUACAAUUUGCAUUCCAAUUCCAAAAGAAACUAUAUAGUUGCAUGAGUGGUUUACUUCUUCUCAGCAUCUGUUUGCAAUAUUUUGUAAAUCGUACAGAUACACAUACUACCAUAAAUGUCAUACCGAAUGAGGGAAAACCGAAUAUUAAAUUUAGCAAACGCAACAGAAUUACUUCGAAAUACAAUACAAAACCUUUUGAAAUUGAAAACGAUUGAUAAUAGCUAUUAGACAUAUCAAUUUUAUUUAACACGAAUUGAGAGAUCCAUUCAAAAAUCUAUAUAUAUAUGUAUACAUAGUCCGUACACCUCAGUGUACACCAGUGCAUUAUUGCAUUCCUGUUUAGCCAGUAAGUGGACAUUUUAAGCGUCAUCGUAGUAUUUACAGGAUCUUCUGUGAGGCACCUCUUUCGAAACUUUGCGCUAAAUGCGAAAUCUCAGAGUAUUUAGACUGACGAGUAAAAAACAAUACGAAAUUGUGAGAUAUUAUUCUGGACAUAUGUAUUCCGAAAACCUUCGCUUCUGUGCCAAACAAGAAUCUUGCGAGACAAACUUUACCGCUCAGUAUUAUCGAAAUGUCCGACCUCCGGAAAACUGAGGAAUGCGGUCGGGCGGCUCGGAUCCGCUAUGAUUAAGUACCAUAUACAAAGAACUACACAAAUCUACGAUGUAAGUUUUAACUGUAAUAUGCAAAGAAAAACUUUUAUAAAGAAGCAAACUGUUACUUUAUGGCAUUUAGUUGAGAUGCUGUAUCCUCUUGUUGAUCGUAAAUUGUACGUAGCAUGUAAUAACAAUUUAACUCGCAGACACCUACACACGAAUACAGCAUGGAAAAAAUAUAAAUGUAUUUAUACAGUGCUAAUAUUAAUAUUCUGAUAUGAACGAAUAUUUUAUGGUACAUCUAUAUAUGUACAUAAUAAGAGUAAAUGUAAACUUAAAUGUUUUCAUGGUUGUAAACUGAUGAUCAAAAAUAGAUUUAAAGAAUUUUACAUGCUUUUAUUUAACGCAGAAUCACUUCGACCUUGCUUUACACUUUUUGGUACCUAAUAAUAUUUAAUAAUAACGUCACAUAUAAUGCAUUUCUUUCAACGAAAACAGACACGUCUCCUUCGUUAAAACAUCAUUCAUUGUUUUUACCAGACUUACAAUCUCACAAACGAUGCAAUGGAUAAGCGAAAUAUUUUCUGAACAUCACACACUUUGAUAAGAAAUGAUCAACGUAAAGGAUAUUAAAAAAAAAAAUCAUGAAUAUUCCCUCCAAAUAAUUUUUUAAAAAUUACAUAUUUGCUAAAAGUCAAAUCUCUGAUAAUUGUAAUGAAAGACGACAAAGGGAGUAAUGGUUCUUAGGGACUUUAGCAUACUGAGAAGGGAAAACUGUCUAUAAUGGAGAAAUACUGUAUUUAGCAUGAUGUUACCAGUUACAUUUAACGUAAUUACAAUUAAAAUGAUUAUUGUGUAUUGCAUGUGUAUGUGAAGUGUAUGUAAUUACAAGUAAACUCUAAAAACAAAAACCAAAAAAAGUGGAAAGAGAAACUAUGGCACACAUUUGCCAUUUAAUAGUAGUCAAUUCUUCAAAACGCAUUAGGUUAAGUGUGAAGACAGCAUGAUGAUAUAUGGACACUAUUUUCUAAACGUAUUACAACAAUAAUUUAUGAAUUUGUUGGUAAUUUUAUACAUAUAUAUACACAGUUACUUUUGUUAGCUAGCAAAACGACAACGACAACUUAGGUAGCGACGAGGUAGAUAAACUUUAUGAAUGUUGUACCCAAAGCCCACGCCCCGGACACCCGCGAGAGCACACUGUACAGGCACGAACCUCACGGCGGGACGGUUUUCGGGGGUCUAGACCCCGAAGCAUGUCCUUGCGCAUCCUACCAAGCUAGUUAGGUCCGCGUCCCUUAUAACACGAUUUUCCUCAUAGACACUCUACACACUCCACACUCACUGAUUACAAUCUCUGUUGGAUCUGUUGUACUCUGCCAUUUUUGGUGUGAUAUUCUAUUGGUUGUGGCGGUUAUUUUUAAGCCGCUUUACACAUUGUUGCAUUUCUACUAAUCGUAACUGGCCUAAACUGGGUCGGAAAAUGACGAAAAAUAAAUACAGAUAACAAAAAUGAAGAAUAAUUAUAAAUAACUUAUUCAAUUUCCUGUUGUUGUUUUGGUUGUACAUGCGCAAUGGUUUUUUAACUCGUUUUGACUAACUGUAACUAAUUGCCAAACUUUGUUAACUAUUUUAGUCCAUACAUACGUACAUACAUACUUUUAGGUUUAAGCACUUGUAAUUUAAUCAAACAUGAUUUGAGCAAAUUUAAUGAAAAUGAACUAAACUUACAAAAACACAAAAAGAAAAUAAAGUGGUGGUCGU